AAUAGUGCUGUGAGGGCAGGGGGCGUUGGUGGUGGUGGUGGUGACGCUGAGGAGGCAGGGAUUGGUGUUACAUUGCUUUGGUGGGCACUGGCCAGUCUUGCCACACACUCUCCUAAUAGUGAUCAGUGCAUAUUCCUGGCGGUGGUGGUGGUGUGAUUACAUUGUUUUGGCAGGGGCGCUGGGGAAGGAGGGAUUGGUGUUACAUUGUUUUAGUCAGCACUGGCCAGUCUUGCCACACACUCUCCUAAUAGCGAUCAGUGUUUGCAUAUUCCCGGCAGCUUCUUCCUCCAUCAAGCAGCACCAGAGAGACACAGCUACUUAAGCCUGUUUUAGAAGACCGGGCAGCUGUCAAUCGGUCGCAUACGUAAUUCUAUCACAGGGUGUCACCAAACCACAUAGAUUGGGAUCUUUCGGCAGCCCGCGGAACGGUCGUCAGCUCAGUAUUAGAACGAUGUUUUGUGCAGCAGUGAGACAGACUCAGUUUUUGGCACCCGCAAGAGCUGUGGGAGUCCGACACAGGUCAGGAAACAACCGAAAUAACAAGAAGAUAAUAUGGGCCACUGGAGAGAGGACUGUUCCAAGUGACCAGCCAGCUGCAUGGUCCACUGGUGAGGUUAAGCAUCCCCAGCGCCUUGACUGUCCUCUGGGCAAUAAGGACCAUUACCCCAAACAGAUGCCAGAUGGGGGUCUUCAAUACUUUGGGUUCCAGUAUUAUCCCAGGGUUCCUGGUGAAGAGGACCCCCCUUGUGAACCCACUCCCCUGCACCUGGUGACUCGUGUGAAAUGCCUCAAGAAAAAGCCUUGGUGGGACAAGGAAAUCAUGCAGAAAAUUGGGCUUAACAAGAAGCGAAGUGAUAUUGCCAUCCUGAAGAACACCCCAGAGGUCAAUGCCAUGCUCUGGAAAGUAAAGCACCUUGUGAAAGUGACACCAAUCAGGUUACCAAUGAACCAGCUGGAAGAUCUUGAUCCUCGCUGCUGCUUCCUGAAGGAGGAUGGAGAAUUUUCCAUUGCUCCCACAGUGAAGGUGGAGGAUGCUUACUUCAAGGAAGAUGCCAAGCUCGUUGCACGCAAGUGGGAUAGAGACUUUGUUGACCGACACACACGUAAGAACUGGGACUACCCUUGGCAAAUAAAGCUGUGUUAGACUGAGCACUGCUUACCAAAGAUACAUGUUUAUAUUUAUGUAGAUAAAUGUUGAUGAUGCUCAGGCACUGAAACUUUUGUUAUAGUUGUCAGAAUCAAAGUUUCAUAAAAAUUCAUAUUUGAAAAUGUGGAGAAUCAACUCAUUAAUUAAUUUUUCUCCAGUGAGUUAUUUUCAUAUUGUUGUUAUAAAGUGAAUGAAUGUCUGUAUUGACAUGUGAUGUUAAUGAUUCAAGAGGUUAAGAAUAUUGGUUCAUUUUAACCAUGAAACUUAGUGAAAUGAGUUCUUGUAAAUAAAGUCUAGAUAUGAA